UCCGCCGCCCCGUAGAAAUCUACGCGGCCCCGGGGCCGCUUGCUUCCUGUUUGUCGGACGAGGAGACAUGGCGGCGGCGCCGGCGGCUGGUGCUGGGGCCGGCCGAGGGAGACGGUCGGCAGCUACGGUGGCAGCGUGGGGCGGAUGGGGCGGCCGCCCUCGGCCCGGAAACAUUCUGCUGCAGCUGCGGCAGGGCCAGCUGACCGGCCGGGGUCUGGUCCGGGCGGUGCAGUUCACUGAGAGUUUUUUGACUGAGAGAGACAAACAGUCCAAAUGGAGUGGAAUUCCUCAGUUGCUCCUUAAGCUAUAUGCCACCAGCCACCUCCACAGUGACUUCAUUGAAUGCCAAAAUAUCCUUAAGGAAAUUUCUCCUCUUCUCUCUAUGGAGGCUAUGGCAUUUGUAACUGAAGAUAGGAAACUUACUCAAGAAACCACUUAUCCAAAUACUUACAUUUUUGACUUGUUUGGAGGUGUUGAUCUCCUUGUAGAAAUUCUUAUGAGGCCUACAAUCUCUACCCGGGGACAGAAACUAAAAAUAAGUGAUGAAAUGUCCAAGGACUGCUUGAGCAUUCUGUAUAAUACCUGUGUUUGCACGGAGGGAGUUACAAAGCGCUUGGCAGAAAAGAAUGAUUUUGUGAUCUUCCUGUUUACACUGAUGACAAGUAAGAAAACGUUCUUACAAACAGCAACCCUCAUUGAAGAUAUUUUGGGUGUUAAAAAGGAAAUGAUACGACUAGAUGAAGUUCCCAAUCUGAGUUCCUUAGUAUCCAAUUUUGAUCAGCAACAGCUUGCUAAUUUCUGCCGGAUUCUGGCUGUCACCAUUUCAGAGAUGGAUACAGGCAAUGAUGACAAGCACACUCUUCUUGCCAAAAAUGCUCAGCAGAAGAAAAGCUUGAGUUUGGGGCCUUCUGCAGCUGAAAUCAACCAAGCGGCCCUUCUCAGCAUUCCUGGCUUUGUUGAGCGACUUUGCAAACUGGCAACUCGAAAGGUGUCAGAGUCAACAGGCACAGCCAGCUUCCUUCAGGAGUUGGAGGAGUGGUACACAUGGCUAGACAAUGCUUUGGUGCUAGACGCCCUGAUGCGAGUGGCCAAUGAGGAGUCUGAACACAGUCAAGCCUCUACUGUGUUCCCUACUCCAGGCACCUCUGAGGAAAAUGGGCUGCCGCACACUUCAGCCAGAACCCAGCUGCCCCAAUCGAUGAAGAUUAUGCACGAGAUCAUGUACAAACUGGAAGUGCUCUAUGUCCUCUGUGUACUGCUGAUGGGGCGUCAGCGAAACCAGGUCCACAGGAUGAUUGCCGAGUUCAAGCUGAUCCCUGGACUCAAUAAUUUGUUUGACAAGCUGAUUUGGAGGAAACAUUCAGCAUCUGCCCUUGUCCUCCAUGGUCACAACCAGAACUGUGACUGCAGCCCUGACAUCACCUUAAAGAUCCAGUUUUUGAGGCUUCUCCAGAGUUUCAGCGACCACCACGAGAAUAAGUAUCUGCUACUCAACAACCAGGAACUGAAUGAACUCAGUGCCAUCUCUCUCAAGGCAAACAUCCCUGAGGUGGAAGCUGUCCUCAAUACUGACAGGAGUUUGGUGUGUGAUGGGAAGAGGGGCUUAUUAACUCGACUGCUGCAAGUCAUGAAGAAGGAACCAGCAGAGUCAUCUUUCAGGUUUUGGCAAGCCCGGGCUGUGGAGAGUUUCCUUCGAGGGACCACCUCCUAUGCAGACCAGAUGUUCCUGCUGAAGCGAGGCCUUCUGGAGCACAUCCUAUACUGCAUUGUGGACAGCGAGUGCAAAUCAAGGGAUGUGCUUCAGAGCUACUUCGACCUCCUAGGGGAGCUGAUGAAGUUUAACGUUGAUGCAUUCAAGAGAUUCAAUAAAUACAUCAACACUGAUGCAAAGUUCCAGGUGUUCCUCAAGCAGAUUAACAGCUCUCUGGUGGACUCCAACAUGCUGGUGCGCUGUGUCACUCUGUCAUUGGACCGAUUUGAAAACCAAGUGGACAUGAAAGUGGCUGAGGUCCUAUCAGAGUGCCGCCUGCUUGCCUAUAUAUCCCAGGUUCCCACACAGAUGUCCUUCCUCUUCCGCCUCAUCAACAUCAUCCACGUGCAGACACUGACCCAGGAGAAUGUCAGCUGUCUCAACACUAGCUUGGUGAUCCUGAUGCUGGCCCGGCGGAAAGAGAGGCUGCCUUUAUACCUGCGGCUCUUGCAGCGGAUGGAACACAGCAAGAAGUAUCCUGGUUUCCUGCUCAACAACUUCCACAACCUGCUGCGCUUUUGGCAGCAGCAUUACCUGCACAAGGACAAGGACAGCACCUGCCUGGAGAAUAGCUCCUGUAUCAGCUUCUCAUACUGGAAGGAGACAGUGUCCAUCCUGUUAAACCCAGACCGUCAGUCACCUUCUGCCCUGGUCAGCUAUAUCGAGGAGCCCUACAUGGACAUAGACAGGGACUUCACUGAGGAGUGAUCUUGGGCCAGGCCACGGGAGGCUGCCGGGCCAGGGCCAUUGCGGGUGAGCGUGGGUACAUGUGCCACACGCCCUGCCCGUUUCCAUCCCUCCCUGCCUCCCUUCUGAUCUCUACCUGCCCCAGGUCUUCAGGUACAGACUCAGUGGGAGAAACAUCCUGGAGGCUCUCAUCCCGAGUCUGAGGGCCCAGGACAUUGGGGGGUUUCGUUCCCUCAUCAUCCCGAGUCUGAGGGCCCAGGACAUUGGGGGGUUUCGUUCCCUCAUCAUCCCCUGAUGUGAACGGGGCAGUGUGCCACCCUUCCCUCAGAAUUUUGGGGCUCUGGACCGUUCAACGGAAAGAGACUUAGGAAAAUAGCUCUGUCUGAGCUCCUGCCCGGUCUUUUGGCUGUCCGUCCUGGGGGGGGAGGAAGAAGUGGCCCCUAUCUGUGAGCUGAGCCUCCCUAGUCUCUGGGCCCAGGCACAGGCUCCUGAGCCCCGGGCAGGGGUGCAGAAUGCUGCCUUCCCUCAGGCCUGCCCAUCUCUCCUCCCUCCUCCUCCUCCCUCCUCCUCCUCCUCCUCC